AUUGAUGGAUUUUUUCUUUCAUUUUUUUUAAAAUUUUGUUUAAAUCACAACGUAUUCUGUGUUCAACUGUGCUAGUUUUAAGCGGUUCAAAUCCAUUGAUUCUUCUUUGUUGUCACAUCAAUUUGUGUUCAGUUGUCGUUAAAUAAUUAAUGUAUUUCACUGUGAUUGCAUUUUUGUGUUCGUAUGUAUGCAUGUUAUGUUCGACAUUUCAUUGAGUUUCGCGGCUUUUCACAGCUACAUUGAUGCUGAUGUUGUGAAUAUCUUUCUGUGGCUGUCGAUUCCGUAAAAACGUAACAAAGAAAGAGUGAGGGGGAAACAACAGCGUGAACUCAGUAGUAUAUUGUUUGUUACGCAUAAAAAUGUGAUUCUGUGCUAUUUUCGUUUGUUUUUUUCGUUUGUUCGUUUAGCAAGCGUUUUUUGUCUGUGGUUUGUUGUAUUUUGGGCAAAUAGCAACUCAACCAAAAAUAUCAGUCAUACACGCACGCUAAAAAUCAAUCAGAGAAGAAAUAUGCCGCAUACAACUACCUGUAAAAUUACAUUCGACGAUAAUCCUGACUGUGUUUAUUAUGGCGGUCAAGUGGUUCGCGGCCGUGUCCAAUUAGUUUUAGGCAAGGAAAAAACCAUCCGAGGAAUUUAUGUCGACUAUCUGGGUAGAGCGUAUUCCUAUUGGACUGAAGGCACUGGAAGCAAAAAAGAAUCGCACACCGCAACCGAAAUCUAUUUGGAAGAACGCCAAUACCUAUUCGGUGAUCGCACCGGUGAAUUAACAAUUGAGCCCGGCACAUACACAUACGCAUUUCAAGUGUUUUUGCCGUUGGGUGUGCCAACAAGCCUCGAAGCCCAGCAUGGUCACGUUCGUUAUGGAUUGCAAGUGGUUUUGGAUCGUCCACGAUGGCCCGAUCAAAAAUUCGAAGAAACAUUUACCGUUAUCAAACCGUUAAACCUCAAUCAUGAUUUGACAUUACGGCAUCCGAUUGUUGAAGAAGAAACAAAACGCUUUAAUCCAUUCUGCUUGCUUAGUUGCUGUGCAUCGGAUCCACUGUUUAUGAUAGCAACGGUGCCAGUUAGUGGAUACACACCUGGUCAAAUGAUAAAUGUCGAUUUGGAGCUCACAAAUGCCAGCAACGAAAAUGUAAAAGCGUUCAUACUUCAAAUCGUUCGAGAAGUCAAGUUUUUUAUUUAUGAAAACAGUCCGAAACAUAAAAUCGAAAGGGAUGCAAUCGCAGAGGUUCAAACGAGAGGUUGUUUUCCACAGCAAAAACAAGCGUACACAGUAAAUAUUCUGGUUCCGCCAACACCUCCGACCGAUGUUACCACCAGCAAAAUUGUGCAUGUUAAAUACCAUUUAAGAAUUGAGGGUUUGACAGGAUGCUGCCACAUAAAUCCAACAAUAACGAUUCCAAUAACGAUCGGUUCAUAUCCGAUUCUAGACCAACCACCCGAAUAUGUGGCCAUCAUGAAUGCCAUCACGCAUUCGACAAACCAAAAUCCAAAUUCAAAUGCAAAUGCGAAUGGGAAUGUGGCACAUGGAAAUUUGGGUACGGGUACAACUUCAGCAAACAAUGAACAGGUGGUGUGUCCGCAACAACCGAGCGCACCAGCAUCCGAAGACAUCAAAACUACAGAUGCUGAACCGGCAAUUCCAUAUCCGCAAAACGAUCCACCAUCUUAUGAGCAAGCCGUUAAGGUAUUAUUUGAACGAAAAUUUGCCCCAAAUUAUCCAGUGUAUCGAAGGCAAACAUCGUACUCAAGUCAAACAAACACACCCGUCCUAAGGCGACACUGUAACUCAUAGAAAUACACACACACACACACACACACUCGAAAAUAUUGUCAACAAUCAACCCUUUUGAAGCCCCGUAACAUUUACACAUAUAUAUAUAUAUAUAGGUACUAGCUAUUGAGAUUUAUGGUUUCAACUGACUGCAUCGAAUGCCAUACACUUGGAGCUGCUCAACUCCAUCGAAAGUGGAAUAUUUAAGUGUUUAAGUACUCUAGGUUGUCUGUGAUGUUGUACAAUGAAAUUGGACUUGAUUGAAUUACGCAAACGGAAAACUUGCCCCGACUCAAUUCAAUUCACAAACGCUACAAGCUGAUUUAUUAACGAUAACAAAUGGACAAACACACACAAAACCUACCAAUCUCAAACUGAUUUAUGUUGUUAGUCGAAUAAAUGGAAUUUUACACGCAUUCAACGAAUAAUUUUCAGUUGUCAGUGAGGUCUAUGUCCAUGUUAUGAUCAAAAUAGAAACUUUUUGUUCAUGAAAACUGGAAUAUUCACAAUAAAAAAAAUUGGAAUAAUCUACACAUUUGACUGAGAAUGAACUUUUCUAUAGAUAUUUUCAGAAUCGAUCAUUUCUGACAUCUUCGUUCACUUUGGUUGUGAGUAAAGUCCAUAUUCAACGAUGCGUAUAUUUUUAAGUGAUAUGGACAUUGUCAUUUAAAGUUAUAAAACAGUUUCUCACUAAAUAUACGAUUUUUUUGACUUUUUGGUCAAAAAAUGCCAAAAAUGGCCAGAAAUAUUUUUUGUCCGAUUUGGAUGAAAUCUGGUACACAGAAAGCUUAUGAAAAUAUAAGAGUUAUGGUCGAAAAACUGGUAUAAACUCUGGUAUAAACUGGUAUAAACAAUUUAAAUUUCAAUUUUAUACCAGUUUAUACCAGUUUUUUCGACCAGUUUCUAUGAACUUCUAUUGAACAUCUACACCGGAAUAUUCGAAAUAAACCGAUCCAAUAAAAUUGAUAAUAACAGUUUCAUGGAUGGAAGAAGACUUUACAUUUGAUGCUUAAAAUGCUUCAAAAAAACUCUAUUUGUGUUUGAAAUUCAUUGAAAACCCGCUUUGAAGUCGACUGCUACCAACUUCUGCAUCAUCGAGAAUCGAAUGGGAUUUGCUAUUUGAUGCCUGCAUAAAUAAGGAAUGCGACCGUUGAAACGUUCUAUUUGUGGAAAAAAGCUCUCGAAUGUUAUUUGAAUCGAUGCAAUCGAAGCUGGGAGGAAAACAGGCAAGUUUUUGUAGCGAUUCAACUGCUUAAAUAGAUAUUUGCUCUAUUUUGCAAGGAUGUCCAAUACACAGUGACACUGUGGAACGUUACUUAUGUUAUUAAACCGCAUAAUGUGGAGUAGAACAAACAAGAGCGCGAAGCAGAAUGUUUCAUGCAUUUUCGCUAUGAAUUUUGUAUGAAACUAGCGAGAUGUGUAUGUCACUUGACACAUAUUUAUCGGUAAUGUUUCACAAGAAUAUCGAGGAGAUAGAGAAUGACACAAAAUGCAGAAAUGCGAUUAUUGCAAUGUGUCAGAAAAAAGUUUGAAUGGCGAAAAUGCGCUUCAGUAUGACACCGCAACGGCAACGGCAACAACGACAACAUCUCGAUAUUGAACAUCUGCUGAAAUUAUUCAGUCACCGAAUACACUGCGGAAAUGCGAAGAGUGUAAUGAUAUUGGUUUUUGCGUUUUCCCCACAAAUCCAAUUACACAUUUUCUGAACGCCGCCGUCUCACUGUUAGCCGUCAAUCGCUUAUACAUUUCCUUAUUUGAUCUGUCGCAUCAUUGUAUCGAUUCGAUACUGGUGAAUGCGAAAGAUAGAGAGCGAAGGAGUGAGAGUGAGAGAGCGAGAAAGAGUUUGAGAGAGAAAACAAGCAGCAACAUUCCACAUCAAACCGAAAUGCGAAUAUUGGUUUUAUAACAUUUCGAGACUUUAUUCACAUUCCAAUUUCAGUGACGGUAUUCAAAUGAAAUCACAUCGCUGACAUUUAACCACAAGAACCAAAAUACAAAGAACAAAAGAAAAGUGAAACGGUAUCACAUAGAAAUCGUGUCGAUGUGGAUCAUCUCUAUGGUUGAUAUGAAAAUGGCAAUGGAGCACAUGAAUAUGGAUAUGAAUAUGAAUGUACGAUUGGCAGCGCUUCAAGAUAAUGACAGAAACGAAAGUGAAAUCCACAAUCAAUGACAUCACCGUACAGCAUUUUAUCAAAUCUAUGAUCCUCAAAAUAUCCAUGCUAUUGAAAAUAAUGUGUUUUUAUGUAUAUACAUAUUUGAAAUGCCAUAAAGGCGUCUGAUCAAUCUGUACCAACUUGAAUCGAAACUCUUAUUCAAUAUUCAUUCGAUUGUGGCAUUUGUUUUCCUCCUUAAUGUUCAGCCGACGCGAAUUCAUCAUAAUUUCUUAGUGCCACACAAACACCAAAUGUUCAUCAUUUCUUUCCAUUCGCUACGGUUAUCGAUGUCGUUUAUAUUUCACCCAAACACCACUCUCACCAGUCCAUACACGCAUUCUUUUAUUUAUUUUUUUUUAUUGGAAUACACGUAUAGCAGUUCGUUUUUAUUUUCAUUCAUCGAUAACGCAUUUAGAGAAUAUGCCGUAAUGGUUUCGAUCAUAAAGCAAUGUUUCGAUACGAUAAAAUCACGGCCUGGCAUAUAUGUAACGAAUCCACACACAAAAGCCCAUAUUCAUUUUUAUCCGAGCAUUUUUUUUUCUAUCACUCCUUUCAAAGAUGAAAUAUUGGAAAUUUUACUCAAACUUAAUGCCACUGUAUUGCCCAAGAUCUAUUUUCAUUUCAAUCUUCGCUGCUGCCGUCUCUCCAUUGAUUUGAUUCUUUCUUUUGCGUCAACACUCUCUGAACCCAUAUUUGUCAUACAGUGCUGCAAAUUUGUAGACAUUAAAUUGCACUGAGCACAACAUAUUCUUUUGGUUCACAUUAAAAUCAAUGUCCUGAAUGAAGGAGCAUCAUUGAUUAUGUGCCAUAUAUAAAUCCCAAUGUGUAUGUGUUGCGAGUGUGCGUUUUGCAAUUGAAAGAUUUAUCUCUAUAAGCUCAGCAUAUCGUCAUCAUUGCUUUCCGCUUCGUUAUAUAUCCCUUCCUUUCCGUCCAUGAAUAGAUAUCGAUAACAAAAGGAGAUACAUUAAAUGGAUCGAAAAGCAAUUGAGUUUAAUGUUUAUGACAUUCGAUUUCAACAUUUACCGCCGCCUGUUUGUGAUUGGUUUUGAAACGUGUUUGCAUCGGCGCGCAACUAUGCCAAUCCAUCAAAACAGUACAGAUUUAAUUGCUUAUAGCAAUCAAAGCCAUCUAGAAGAUGAAUGUUAUCAAUUUAUAGUUGGAAAUAAAGUUUGUAUUUCCGUCCUGUCCAUAGCUAGCAAGUGAAAAUAUUCGAAGAACUGAACAGCAUUUAAAGGUUCAAUGAAAAUUAUGACUUCUAAUUUUGAGCGGUUAUCUGAUAAAUGUAAUUUUCCACACAGAUGACACAAAAACUAACAUUGAACACAACUGAUAUUUCAUCGAACAGACUUCGUAAUACCUGCAAUUGUCGGGCACACCUCAUAAAAUUAUGUUAAAAGUUUUUUUUUAUCAUCUCCUAAAUUUUUGCAAAUUGAACGGUCAUGAACAAAGUUGAUAUCGGCAAACCUCAAAAUAAAGCAAACACAUAUUGCUGCUGUGUGGAUUGCUUUUGAGGUCAAUGAAAAAGCCCGUGCAAACAAUUAAACCGGAAUUUAAAUGGCAUCGUUUCAAAAGUCUGUCGGUAUUAUGAUAGCCGUCGCGUUCAUUUCAUUUGUGCUAUUUUACUUUGGGUUUUGAUUCUGUGCGAAUUUCGAUUGUACACCCUGGAGGCUAUAACAAAAACUGCAUGUGCACGAUUGAAUUCAAUUCACGAUGUGAACUCUCUGAAUCGAUAUAAAGUGCCCGGCAACAAAACGCACUGCGGACAAAAGUUGAAACACCAAACACAGCAGCGUUCGGUAAGCAUGUCACGUAGUUGAAUUUUCAGCUUUGAACUUAGUCUGUGUAUACGGAGUUUGGUUCAACAUCGAACCACAAACGAACAAUGGUGAACGAAAGAGAAAGAAACAUUCACACACACACACACACACACACACACACACACACACACACACACACACACACACACACACACACACACACACACACACACACACACACACACACACACACGUAUACUCAGCUGAAAAAUUAAGAGCAAAUUCACUCGCUUCGAAUCGAUAAGUCCAUCGAUUUUUGUUUGUGUUCAUUUUGUGCGCCGAUAAUUUUCUUUGUGCCAAUGCAAUCGGUUCGGGGGAAUUGCCUUUGUUUCUUUUGAUUUUUCAAGCGUCUGUGUCAAUAAAACUUCCUCUUUGAUGCCAGUGCCGCUGUGCUUUUUUCUUCUUCCUCCUCUUCUUCGUUUUCCGUUUUAUGUUGCUUCAAAGACAUUUCAAUUGUACUUUUAAGUUGGUGUACAGCAUUGUUGAAGACAUGAACACCACAUGAUUCCAUACUGUCGACCAUAUGCUACCUGCACAUGACGCUCAUGAACUGAUUGUCACAAACACAAAUGUCAAAUCGAAACUUUUUUAGAGGGACACAACAAAAUACAUUCAAUGGGUGUUUUUUUACCGUGUGUCGAUUAAGUGGCGCAAUUUUCAUGUUGAACCAGUCAUUAUACAGUUGAAAAUGCAAUAACAAUCAACCUCAAAGCCAAACAAAAAGGUCUUGCAUUCAGUUAUUCAGCGAAAAUAACUUUUGAAUAGACUACAAGUGAAUUAAUUCAAAGGCGGGGAGAAAUGCAUUCAAGUGAAAAUCGCUUGCUGCUAAAAUUAUCACCACAUAACGGGGUAACAGGAUACAGCGCUGCAACGUCGAGCCUGGAUUUUGCAGCACAUGCACAAGAUUGUUUGUUUUUUGUAUUUUUCAGACAACGGUGUAUCCGACUCCUGAUACUGAAGAGGUGAUAUAAGUUAAUUAGCUUAAAUGCUGUAUUUCCUCAAUGCGAAGUGAUUUAAAUUUCAUUGGAUCGAUAUGCAAAAAUGAGCUUAACCUCAGAGUUUUGUGUGAAACGUACUUUGGACUUGUUUGAAAUGGAAAUACCACAAAUGAAGGGUAAUCAUUGCUAUAUCAGUAGGCGGUCAAUGCCUGUGAAAUGAAAACUGUCAAUAAAGUUUGUUGACUUUAUUCUAAAUACUAUUGACCGAUGGCUUGAACUUAUUCCAUCUCAUCUCAUCUGAUUUUAAUGAUACAAACUGACGCAGUCAAAUGGAGAAAAUGUUAUCUAGAAAUCCUUUUAGAACGUAAUCGAUUUAUCUUUUGAAAAGUUUCCCAACCCCAUGAAGUGAGGUCCAAGCAUUCCAUCGAAUUCAACAAUGUUGUAAAUGGUCAUGAAGGUAUUUCACAAAUACUCUAAAUUAAAAUGGUUGUUUCGUCUUGUUUGCUUUAAGGCAUUUUUCGUUUUGUCGAACAAUUAGAGGCAUUGAAUACAGGGGAUGGGGGAAAACAGUUGCUAUUUAGUAGUUCAUUCGGAUUGUCUGGCAUUUCCGACCACUUUCGUAUCUUGAGUACGGCAUCAGUAGUGAAAAUGUUGUAAAGAUGGUUUUUAUGUAAGCCUAUUUCAUUUCACAUCGUCGUUCGUAUGUUCAGCAAGUGAAAAUGAUUAUUUCUUGGCGUUUUUUUUCGGGCUCCUCCACUUCAGAAUACGUGUGCUAUUGCGCGCCAUUUCUCUAGCAAAGAAAAUAAAAAAAAGAGAGAAGCACCAACAGUAAUAAAUUAUGUUUGAAGAUGGAAAGCGGCACAACAACAUCGGCAUUUUGUGCUCGAUGCCCAAAGUAGUAGUAGCAUUUUUCGCGUAUCAAAAAAUACACACAUAAAUAAGUUAAUGAUGUAUCCAAUUUUUCUGUUCCCACUAAAAUAAAGCGCACGAAGCAACCGUGUUGCUAAUAAAAAUUCAACAACAUUUUUUUCCAUUCGUCUUUGCCGACGCUUCUCAAUGUAUAUCUAUGUAUCGUUCUGGUGGAAUCGGUGGUGGCGAUGGUUUAUUCCGUAUUUUGGUAUUGAAACGAAACGCGUUUUAUUCGUGCUCUCGUCGACGAUCGAUGCGGAUAUGAUGUUCAUUUUUACCUAAUUUCUAAUAUUAUGAAAAUAAAAUGAACCAUCAAAAGUAAUAAAAAUUUAUAUUCAUCGUAUGCACACCGGCUUAUUUGCUAGUCAGCGAAUCGAAACGAAUAGGACGCAAUUGCACAACGGAAAGCAUAUUAACGGCUGACAGAUUCGCCUUUUCUUUCUCUCUUGCUCUCGCUCUCGUCAGUAUUUGGAAUGUUGAAAAUUGCAGCAAAACGCGCUGAAGAGGAAGCGACACGAUGAACGGAGAAAAAAAACACGACCUAUUUCAUACGAUAUUAUGUCUACUUAGCAAAUGUAUAUAAACCAAAAUAUAUACACAACCAAUUUUCAAAUGCUUUGCGGAAAAUGCGAUAAAGCUUCUUCUCAUUUUAUUUGCACAUUACGAUGAAUAUAUACACCAGACAAUGGGAUGAGUCUCAACAUAUGAACACAUUAUGAUGGUUUCGUUUCUUUUUUCUACUCUAAUGAUGAAUAUACACCAUGAAUUCAUCAUGUAGUCUUCAACAACACAAACACCAUACAGAAUGUGAUGAGUCAGACAAGUGUGUUUGUGUGUAGUUUUGUGAUAUGUAUUCUUUAUAAAUAAAACAGGCACUUCAAAUAUGUCACAUCGAAACCAAACAUGAGAUGAAUAUCAAUUGAAAAUAACGAUAAAUUCGGGGAAAUCAGCUUUUUUUCAGUAUGCACAUUUAUAGACGCUUUACGCAAAACACUCCAAACAAAUAUGACAUAGAUUCAUUUUCCGAAGUAAAGG